AUCUAACCAUUUGACCAAACCCUCAGUGAUGGACCCCCUGGACAGAGCUCAAGUACUCCUCCUCUGUGACCUGUGUCAAACAGCUGCAUUACAGAGUCAUUGUGAACUUUGUCAGAUUAACCUGUGUAAGGCCUGUGUAGGGGAACAUCUCUCUGAUUCAUCUAAAAGACACAAAGUUGUACCAUACAAAAACAGAACUUCUACUCAUAACGCGAACUAUCCGAAAUGCCCAAACCACACCCAGAGACAUUGUGAACUUUACUGUGAGAAAUGUGACAUUCCUGUCUGUUCUACCUGCAUCUCCUCUGAUAAACAUCAUGGGCAUAAAUUUACAGACAUCUUACAGAAUCCCAGAUUCAUUCAAGAAAUUUUAAACAAGGAUUUAACAGAGCUAGAAAAAAGAAUAUAUCCUACUUAUGAAGAAAUUGCAUCAGAUUUAAACUCUGAAAAAGUCAACUUCGAAAAACAUUAUGAGAAACUGACAACCGCUGUCACCAAACAAGGAGAAGACUGGCACAGAGAAAUUAAUAUCGUUGUUAACAAACAAAAAUCGGAAAUUGAUGAAAUGAAAACUAAACACCUGGCUGCUCUAAACAAACAGGAAAAUGAAAUCAAACAGAUUACUUCUGACGUUACACAGUGUAUAUUUGAUCUGAAGAAAAUACUGUACUCCAAUGAUAUCUCCCUAACCUCUGCAUACAAAUCCAGGAAUGCUGAAUUCAGAAGUUUACCUCCUAAAGUCAACGUUUUAUUACCAAGUUUCUCUCCUCAUCAGAUCAACACAGAACAGUUCUAUCAAAUGUUUGGAUUUCUGUCAUCAUUAUCCAUUACAACAGAAGAACAUGGCUACACAAUGAAGACACCAGAAGCUGUAUCCUGUCCUCCAGUCAAACCACUGCUUGAUGAACCAGAGCUCAUCACCACCAUAGACACUGGGUAUAACAAACUAUACAGUGUUACCUGUCUCAGUGAUGAAGAAAUCUGGAUACGUGGAGGAGACAAAAUCAUAAAUCUUUACAACCUCCAGGGUAAACUACUGAAGUCAAUCCAAACCCAGUCAGGGAACACACCACGUGGCAUAGCAGUGACAAGGAGUGGAGAUCUAGUUUAUACUGACCCUGUUACAAGAACUGUAAACAUAGUGAAGAAUAAACAGAUACAGGAAGUGAUCAGACUACAGGGGUGGACACCGCACUGUGUCUGUUGUACCUCCUCUGGUGACCUCCUGGUUAUCAUGGACAGCAAUGAUAAAGGUCAAUCAAAAGUUGUCCGUUUCUCUCGCUCCACAGAAAAACAAACCAUUCAGUUUGAUAGUGAAGGUAAACCUCUGUAUUCAUCUAAUACCCAUUCUAAAUACAUCACUGAGAACAGGAACCUGGAUAUAUGUGUGGCUGACCGUGGAGCAAGUCAAGUAGUGGUGGUUAAUCAGGCAGGAAAACUCCGAUUUAGAUACACUGGUCGUUACUCUACUAACAAGGGAUCAUUCUAUCCAUGCGGCAUCACAACAGACAACCAGGGUCAGAUCCUGUUAUCAGAAUGUUAUAACCACUGUAUCCAUAUCCUAGAUCAGGACGGACAGUUCCUCCUUGACAUUAAUAACGUUACAUUAAUGUAUUAUCCAUCGGGUUUAUGUGUAGACACCAGAGACAACCUCCUUGUGGCUGAGUAUUACAGUGGUAAAGUGAAGAAAAUCAAAUACAUGUAAAGAAAUGUGUUUUAAAAAAUGACUUAAUUGUGAGAGAAACUUUUUCCAAUGUCACCAAAAUCACAAGAAUUUAUAGUUUGAUUCAGGUUCACUUUCUCAUGUUCAUAUGUUUGUGUAAAUUAAUUCAUAUAAUAAUAUUAUCAAUAAGGUAUAAAAUA